AUGGUCGCAACGCUGACUCGCAGCCAUCUGUUCCUGCUAGCUACGCGAGUAGCGAAGGCAAUCGUCAGAAGGCGGCAGCAAAGGCAACAAGAGCACCGUUGCUGGGUGCGGCCUGUCUUCUUGGCGCGAAAACAGGAAGGCCUGUACCACACAGCCAUGCGUCGAAUGCGGGAAGGCGACAGCUGUUUUUUUUUUAAGUUUUACCGCAUGUCACCCGCGCUGUUCGACAAGUUGCUGGGCUUUGUUGCUGCGGACUUGACACGGCAGCACUUCAUACGAGAGCCCCUGGAGCCAGGCGAAAAGCUUGCAAUAACCUUGAGCUACCUGGCUUCAGGGCUGGACAUCUGCAACGUGGCCCUCGCCUACCGUGUCGGCAUUGAAACUGCCCGGAGAAGCAUUCACGUGACCUGUAGAGCCAUUUGGGCUCGUCUGAAGGGCCACUUUAUGAAGGUGGGUACCAACCAAGGCUGA